AUGGCAUGCAAAUUGUGCCGAACCCGGAAGGUUAAGUGCGACCAGACUCGUCCGGUGUGCCAGAACUGCCAAGUGCGAUCGAGCGCGUGCACGUACGAAGGGGAGCGGCGGAAGCGUCGAUGGGCCGACCACCAACAAGGUGGUAGCAGCGACAAAAAUACGUUUGGUGGUGAUAUAAUGUUCUUGAGCAGCGGGCCUUACUCAAGCGGCGGUGAGGCUUCCUGGCCGGAACGUUCGCUUUCGGUCUCAACCACGACGAGAGGGCCGACUGUUGCCACGACCGACAACGAAGACUGCCAACAGCACGACCAUGAAAGCAUACCACCGCUGCCAGCCGCCAUGAAAAGACCGUCCAUGAGCACAACUAGCAGCAGCAGUGUGACGGGACCGGGUGGUAGUGCCAAUGCGGGAAACAAUUUGAUGCGAAACAACGCGGUCACCUGGAGGCCUCAGCGCGGCCUCGGGCUCGGGGAGGCAGAGACGCUUCUUGACGGCAUCCUGCAGAGCGAGGCCGAGGACGGGGCUGAUAGCGCAGAGGAAGAGGCCCGACACCCGGCGAUCUGGAUGCGGACGAGCGAGGGAGACGAGUUCACGGGCCCGUCAUCUGGGAUCACGGUCAUCUCGGACGUGGGUGUGCAGUGGCUGCAAGAGAGGGUGCCGGACUCGGAGACGCUGUGCCGCACGAUCCAGGAUAUCCGCGGCGAGCUGCUGGGACACCUUCGGCAGCCCAAGUGCAUCCCACGGGGACUUCCGGUGACGCCACAGGCUGCUCGUGGAAUGGACCACCUGUCGGAAGCACAGGUGAUGCGGUAUGUCGACGCAUACUUUGUCAGCGUGCAGCUCAUCUUUCCGGUGCUGGACCGAGCCGUCUUUCUAGGGCAGCUGGAGCGCAACGGCCGCAACAACAGCGACAACCGCGACGUACGGCCUUCGUGGCUGGCCCUGCUGAGCGUCGUGCUGGCUUCAGGCUGCCGGGCCACACUGUCGGACGAGACAGCCGAGGCCUUCCAGACAUCCGGCCGCGAGGCCUGGCUCUUUUUCCAGGACGCUCUCUUCUACGAGCGCAGCAUGGCCCACGGCACGACUGAACUGGCAGCCGUGCAGGCGCUGGCCGUCAUGACCGUCUUUGCUCAGGGGCUGUCGAGCCCACAGCGGCUUGAGUACACGCUCUGCUCACAGGCAGUGCGCCAGGCCCAGGCCCUCGGUCUCAACUACCAGCCAUCAAGAGCCUGGCAGCUGUCGUCGGCCGAACUCCGAGAGCGCAGCCGCGUCUUCUGGGCCGUCUACUGCCUCGACAAGACCGUUGCCCUGCGCUGUGGCCGUCCGGCCAUCCUCCACGAUGCCGAGAUCAGCUGUCACUUUCCCCGUGGCGUUCCGGUGCUGCAGACGGCUACCCCGAGCUCAGACUCGGACGUCCUUCUGUCCUCUUCUCCCUUUGACUUGUUUCUCUACUUCACUCGCCUCGCUCGCAUCUGCGGCGCCAUCACCCGUCAGCUCUAUUCGGCUACUGCCGUCACCGCUGCCGCCACCCGUCUCUUAUUCGACGCACAGCAACUCCUGCACGACCUCGAAGCCUGGCGACUCGCCAUCCCGACCACCAUCCAACCCGGCCGGCCGCUCGGUCGUAUGCGCGAGGCCGAGCAGCUCACCCACCUUCAGGUCGUCAUCCUACAUUCUUCCUACUACUACGUUCUCUGCGCCAUCUACCGCCGCUUCAGCCCCCUAUUUACCCACCACGAUGAGACCAGCCGGGCCGCCAUCUGCUCGCGCAUGCCCGCCGCUUACGUACAGGCUGCCCGCUCUAUGGUGCUGCUGACUAAGCACCUCGACACAGAGAGCUUUACGCCUGGCUGGCUCGUCUUUUACUAUCCACUGACGGCUCUGACUACCCUCUUUAUGCACGUGAUGUGUAACCCGUCAGACGGCUCAUCCAGCAACGACAUUGCCCUUAUGGAGGCCGUUGUCGGUCUUUUUGGCCGUCUCGAGUACGUCACGUCAGGCGAGGCCGCCUUUACCAAGGCAACCGAGUUUGUGCGCCAGGCUCGCAGUGUUGUCGACCGCUGGCACAGCGACCUGAACAGUGGCAGUCUCCCCACGACUCACAGCCCGAGUCCGCCUCGGCCUCCCACCUGCUCACUAUUUCCAGAAGAAGGCUUUUUGCUCAGUCCUGGCCAGACACACGAGGGUUACAAUAUUUUGGAUCCCGGCUUAGCUGGUUUUCUUGCAUCACCCCCCGGCGAGCUGCCCUCAGCCGAUUGGCUCACAAACUGGGCCGGCAGCAGCCAGAUGUCGGCAGUUGAGAUGGCUUACUUUUAA